GUAGUAGUAGUAGUAGUAGUAGUAGUAGUAGUAGUAGUAGUAGUAGUAGUAGUAGUAGUAGUAGUAGUAGUAGUAGUAGGUGUUCCUCAAAAUGCCCUUUUUGUUCCAGUACUAGGAAGAUUUGCCUGGACAUCUUCUGGUUGGCCUUCUGCCCGUAUACUGAAAAUCUUGACAACAUCUUAUAUUGUUUACAUUUUCGAAAAAACUCGAUAUCAUGCUUUUUUAACUCACUUAUCGCGCCGACGUGCAAUUAACCGAAAAAGAACCACGAUCACUUUCUGUAGUUUUUCUAGGAAUGCAAAACGACGCUGGUGUACAUUUGAAGCAUUUUCCCUCUGGCCGCUAAGACUGCACCAGAUCUGCUCUAUUAACUGACCAAUCUCAACAGUACGCGCACACUGCCUACUGAGUACUGCGUUACCUUGUGGUGAAUUUGUAUAAUUUGGGUUGAGAGUCCGCAUUAUACACAAGGAAAUUCGGUGGCAGAUCAGCUAUCUACAAAAGGUCUCAAACCAUAGCGGUAUUAGAACAUGGCAACUUACGUUCGCCACAACUAGCAGGUGGAGGCUUUGUCAGCCAUACUCCGACACAAUCCCGCAACCUAACUCUGAUGCCGUGGGCAUAGGCGCAGACGUCCACCAGGGGACCAUCCUUCCGUCUAGCCACCUGUGGUCACGAGGUAGAUGAGGUUAACCAACACGGUGGCUGCAUCAGAGUCCGGUGGCAAGCCCACUUGCAUGCUCACGUCGCGCCAAUCGGGAUCCGAGCUGUCGCCCCCCCCCCCCCUUUCGUGUUGUCAAGCCCAGGUCAGUGUCCGUUGUGGACCGAGGGGUGUAGUGGUACGUCUAGGUGCGGGUUUUCGCCCUGUAAGCCACUUUCACCCGCUGCCGCCUCCGGUCUUCUUGACUCCCUUUUGACACAGACUGCAGGCGGGCGAGUAGGGAGUGUGGUAGAUGCAGCGCAAGUCUACUAUCACUACAAACCUAAUUCACGCGCAAGUCACCGUCCUUGUCCGCACCCCCCGCAGUGGAGCACCCGGUGAACAUCGGGAACUGCCGGGCAACCACAGCCUGCCCCCCCCCCGCCCGCAUUUGUUGGGGUCUGUCAUGAUCGGCACUUUCGUCAUCCCAAGCCCUGUCCGCAAAUGACGCAAGGCGCGCUGCACCAGGAACGCUCCACAGGCCGAUUGUUAGAACCGGUGCUCGAUCAACGGCUCUCUUGUUCAAGUAGCCUCUGUGCUGUUUAGGGACUAACUCUGUGUUCUGCCGUUUGCGUUACUGCAACAGAAGAGGGUGACAGUAAUGGCUACUUCCGACUAAUUGACCUAGACUGAGAUUUGAUUCCGCGUCAUUUGGUCACACGGAAUCGGAAUCAGAUGCUCUACAAGUGGAUCCACGAGUCCAAACCCUACUGGCUGUGAGGGGAGCGGCUUUCACCUACGUAACGUACAGUAGGUUGGCUAACUCAUGAAAUGUCAAUCGAAAUUCCGAAAUGCGUUCUCGUUUCGAAAAGACUACUUAAGAAGGGUUGUAAAACCAACUAUCAUGCAGCGUAAUUCUAUAAUAAUUCAGUAACCUCAAGAUGCCGGCUUUCGAACGAACUUCUUUCCGACAAAAUGCAGAAACUAUGCCCUGUAAAACAUUACUACUUAUGUUGCAUGCAUGUUUCUCAUUGAUUUUCGAUGCCUUUAAAAAAAUUCAAUUAUUUCAUGGAAAACAUGCAUAAAAAUAUUAAUUCUUUUGCUCAUUCUGUAGAGAAUCACGUCUUUUUCCAAUUUUUUACUCAAGGGAAGGGUAUAAUUCGGUUUUCAAAAACUUUUCCAAUUCCCGAAUAAUGUUGAACUCGCUCGGCCUUCACACUUGCAUUCAGGGUUUCCAAACUACAAGCCAUAUAUUUUCCGCGUACGGGAAACCAUACAUUUCUCCAUUGUAUUAAGAGGAGACGAUAUGAGGUUCAUAACAUUUAGCAGUAGAUUUCAGGCAUAUUGUUAACUUUACAAGUCACAUUGGUAAAUGCAGAGACAUGACGUUUUAUGAACGGUCAUUUCACGGUAUUGAAAAAAUCUCACAAUAAGAAACUUUUUUAAAACCGAAUUAUGCCCUUCCUUCGAGUAUAAGAUCGGAAGAAGACGUGAUUUUCUACCGAAUAAGUUAAAGAAUGAAUAUUUUUAUGCAUGCUUUCCGUGAAAUAUAAUUGAAUUUUUAAGGGCAUCGAAAAUCAAUAAGAAACAUGCAUGCCACUUAAGUAGUCAUUUUUACCGAGUAUGCUUUUUUCAUGCAGCCGGCAGGAAGUUCGUUCUAAGGCCGGCAUCCUGAGGUCACUGAAUUAUUAUAGAAUUACGCAGCACGAUGGUUAGCUUUACAACUCUUCUUAAGUAGUCUUUUCGAAACGAGAACGCACUUUGGUGGACAUUUCUUGAGUUAGCCCACCUACUGUAGUUCUAGGAGGGGAGCGGCUUUCACCUACGUAACGUAGUUAUAGGAUGUAUUAUGUCCAUGUCCCUCACAACUGGCCACGCAGGAAUUGCGGCGGACAAGUACGAGGACCAAAACAGGGCCCGACACGCGUUAUUGAGCCACCCACACCCGCGACAAAUGCCAUACAUAGGCGGUUGUGGUGGCACGCCUAUGCGAAGGCUCACGCCGCACCAGCUAUUUGCACUCGGCCUCAACUUCGGUUUUCUUAACACUGUCUUGACACCAGAUCCAGGAGGGUGAGGGGAAGAGGGAGAGAGAGAUGCAUCGGAAGUCUGCUAUCACAAACUAAUGCAGGCGCAAACCCCCGCCUCUGCGCCCACCAUGCAGUGGGGCACACGGCUGACAUUGUCGAAAUCGACGGCCAAGUCGCGUUGUCCGUCGUCCGGACAUUAAUAGUUUCUGCCUUUCCUCCGUUUUAGUUUUUCAUCACAGAUACACUUACUUGAUCCCGUUUUCUUCCACCUGACAGGGUCAGUGCUGCGCAGAUGGUGGACACUGCUGUCCUCGCGGGUACCUUUGCGGCAAACAUGCCUGCGUCCUCGACUCCUCCGAAACCCUGCCCUGGAACCUUCCGGGGGAAUCUCAACCCCGAGCCGAUGAACUCCAUGUCUGUCCGGAUCAGGUGACUUUCUGCCUUCGGGGUCAAAAUUGCUGUCGAGGUGAUGAUUCCUCUGACUCCUGGAAGUGCUGUCCUUGAGCGGACCUGCCUGCAGCAAAGGGAAGGAAGCGCGGAUUGUGUUUGUGAGUUUAAGACCUGUCUGUAUUGCAUCGCUUUUACUGCGUAUUGGGACUUGCUGCCCGACAGCUUUGUGGAAGUAUCAUUUGCACAUUUGCAGUAAACGCCCGUGAGCUUUCCACUCCAGACCUUUAAGGCGGGCCGAGACCCCGGCAAUGUUUCCUGGAAUUCUGGAACUUCCUCCGCUCUGAAUAGUCUUGGCCGUAAACUGGGAAGCCUGAAUCUGUGACUCAACUGAAUAAGGUGUUGGCUGAACUCCGAUUCCAAAGUCUGCCUUUGUACCAGGACCGGCUGACGAUAGCAAAUAAGGCAGUGCUUCCUCAGAAUAGCAUCGAGCACGCUCUGUUCUGUUGCCUUUCAACUGACAACUUUCUCCCAGCCAUUUCUGACUAGAUUGGUUCCUAUGAAAGGACUAAGUUAGUAGUAUACACCUUUGCCGUUCGUCAUUGCUUUCGUCAAGUGUCAAAAGAUGUGGUAAUGUAGCCCCACGUGAUGGACAUAAUAAUGUUGGGGUUAGGGGUUAGGGCAACUAUUUCUCAACCACUCAAAGUACAACCGCGCAUUCCCGAUAGCUUUCCGUUUGCAUACAGCUACUUGAACUCGUCGCCUGUGCGUUCCUCGGUCUCACCUGUAAAAAACCCCCCAUUACCACCGACCCCAUAAUACAGGUGGCUGCGGUUUGUUUACUUCAGGUGGGGCUACCAACCACAUCCGACCGCCUAAUUCAUAAUCGUUCCGUCGUAAGCCGUUCUUUUUGCACACAUUACUGUUUGAAAUAUAGGAUAUUUUGGUCGCGUUAUGACAUCUCAUUAAGCCUUUCCACCCACCUUUAUUGCUUAUCAUUUGAUGGUAAUUUGAUUGUAAACGUAAGAGUAAGCCAUAUACUUUCAACACACGCGAUGUCAUUUUGCCAGCUCUUAAUAAAAGGCGCCAUGUCAAGAGGUGCGAUUAGUUCGGAGUUCGACUCCCUUGUUGUACCCCAGUUGAAUUGAAAUGUGCUGUGGAAAAUGCGUUUCCGGGUCUAUGUUUGUGCGCUGGAUCAACAGGGGGCCAGAACAGAGUUCAGAACGCGUUAUUGAACUGCAAACCCAUGGCAAAUGCCAUAAAUGAACGGGUAGGAUGACGCGCCUAGGUGCAAGCACACGGCGCACCAGUCACGUGUACCCGACCUCGCCUUCGGUCUUCUUAACACUGAGCCCAAGGAGGUGAGAGUGGAGGUAGUGCGACAGAUGAAGCGUAAUUCUUCUAUCAUUACAGAUUAAUUCACGCGCAUGUCACCUUUCCUCCGCCACUUCUGUUGUGAGGCACACAGUGGACAUCGUCGGACUGUCGUAGAUGCUAUGAGAGGUUCCCAUCUGAAAUUUAUAAAGCGUGCGCUUGUUGCACGCCCACCGUAUCCCCUAGGCCAUGUUACGUCGACAAAAGACAUGAACUAGCCGACGUGCAGUAGGCUGCGUGUCUCGUGGACCAUUAAUUAAAAUCCUAAAAGAUUCUCACUAAGGUGGGGUCGUGUUAUUGAUGAUCAUGGAGCAUAAGGUGCCGACUUUUGAAUGCACGCCUUUCCGCCAAUCCGCACAAGUCACACUCGCUGAAAUGACUCCUUGAAUGGUAUGCAUUCGCUCCAGUUAUUUUUGAUGCCCUUAUAAAUCCAGACAUACUUUUUAAAAGCCAUUGCAAAAGCACCCUUUCUUGCACUCUUCUGUAACCGGUUGCGUUCCCCCCCUUUCCCCCCCCCCCCCCUUCAAAUGUUGUACUCGAAGGAAGGCUGUCUCGCAAUUUUUUAAAACGCCUUCGAGUCCCGGACGACUUUGAACCCGAUCUGUCAUUGCACUCAAGUUUCCAAAUUACACGCAGCAUUCCUUUCGCUAGGACACGGAAAUGGGUACUCUUCCUAGAAUUCGUGUCUAUUCCCGUUCCUGUCGUCUUCUACGGAAAGUUAAACCCUCAUCUCUGCUACCAAGAAGCUGUUGUAUAGCACUCACGUUAUGUACUUCGUAUAGAACAACAGAUACGACGCCUUUUUGACCGCGUGCUUUUUUAAGUUGUAGAACCACACUCUCCUCAAGCGCGCGCUUUGAACAAAACUUAGUUUGCUGCCAAAUAUCUGCAAGAAGCGAUGUUUUUAUGCAUAUCUUCUGGAAGACGUCAGGAUUUAUGUCUGGCAUAAGUGAUGAAAAGUUAUACUACUUAAGCAGUCACUUGAAGGAGUGUGAUUCUGGCAGGUAGGCGGACAGUCGUGCAUCCAACAGCGGGCAUCCUGGCGUGACUGAAAUAUCUUGCGAAUUUGCUGCUUAAUAAGCCCCGAAACAAUGCACUUUAGUCGGAAUUCCAUUUAACUUUUCAUGUGAUACGUCACCCGCCGUACUUCCUUUAGAGCACUUUAGGAAACCUACGCAGCCAGAAGGUAUUUGCUCAGGGACAGAUUCGAACCGCCGACAUCACGCCAGGCUUUCUAUGCCAAAUGUAUCACAGCUUCCUCUGCCAGCUAUGAGAUUUAUUCACCAUCCUCCUUUUCCUAACUGGCGAGGCCAUCUUCUUUUAGUUUGAAUGAAGUGUCUGUUAAAACUUAGCAGUUCGAGAAGGUAGGUGAGCUCUGCGUUCCGACUGCGUCGCACAAAACUAAUUUUCCCUGGUUUUGUGACUUUCCCGUCGUCUGACUCAGUAAAGAUGAUACUGGUUGGUCGCUUGGAAGUUGAAAAUGGACAUUCAGCUGUCCAAGCUACCAGCCUACACGCCAUAUGCCGCACACAACACGCAGCAUAUACAGCUUCCUCUUUGUCAUUACGCUGAGUCAGAAACUUCGUCGAACAGGUCCGGCGGUCGAGGUCACCUUUGUGCCUAUUGGAUUUUUGAUUCACCUCCGGUUUCAAUUUGCUGCCUUUUUAAAUCAGUUUUGUGAUAAACCAGCUGGGCAGCCGCCUUCUUACCCGUCCCUGUUUUUGUUCCCUUUCAGAUUUCUGGUAUGCGUCCUCUUCGUGGUCCCUGA